AUGAUAAACUGUUUUGUGUCGUUUCAUGUCUCAGACGUCAGGAAGUACAAGUGUGAACAAGUCGGACCGCAGGCGUCACUGCAAACUGUAGAAAACAACACAGUGAGGCGACUUGAAGUCUCCAAACUGGAAGAGUACUUCCUGAAACGUAAACUGGAGGAAGGUCACCCUGCAUCCAUCGCAGAGUACCUGCAACGCAGCGACACUGCCAUCAUCUACCCUGAGGCCCCGGAGGAGAUGACGAGGCUGGGAACACCUGAGGCCGUCAGUCAGGACGAGAGCGAACAAGGUGAGAAGCCAUAUGAGUGCUCCAACUGUAAGAAGAGGUUCUCCCACUCCGGCUCCUACAGUUCCCACAUCAGCAGCAAGAAAUGCAUUGGCUUGAUCACCGUCAAUGGACGAGUACGCAAUGGAAACAACGGCAAGUCCGGCUCCUCUCCCAACUACACAACCUCAUCGCCAAAGAGCCCAGCCCUUGCCCAGCUCUGCCACAAACUGGAAAAUGGCAGACCAAUUGGUGCUCCAGAUCAGCAGGGUCCGCUGGACAUCAAAGCCGAGCCAAUGGACUUCAACGAGUAUCGGCUGCUCAUGGCCUCGCAGCAGGGGUACGGGGGACCUGGGGUUUAUCUCAACAGCUGUGGAGGAAGUCCUCUUGGGAUACACAGCUCCUCUCAGAGCCCCCUUCAACACCUGGGAGGCAUGGGAUUUGAGCUCCCCCUGCUGGGCUACACAGGGCCUCUUGGGAACAACCUGAGUGAAGUUCAAAAGGUGCUUCAGAUCAUGGACAACACAGUUUGCAGGCAGAAGAUGGAUGGAAACCCGGAGGAGAUCUCUAAGCUUAGGGCCUACAUGAAAGAGCUGGGUGACCAGAUGGAGGAACAGAAGCAGGUCCAGGCCGGCUUCCAGGUCAUGGGCCACAGCAGCCCCACAAAGAGCAUCAUUGACUACACACUGGACAAGGUCAACGAGGCAAAAAGUCUGAUCGAUGAUUCAAAGAGGCAAGUGGACGUUAAGAAGGAGAAACCAAACCAAUCAAUGGAUCUCAGUGGAGAGGAGAAAUUCUCCAAUGGCCAGAACCAGUUCCUGCCUUUCUCCUGCCAGUAUUGCAAGGAGACAUUCCCUGGUCCAAUCCCGCUGCAUCAACACGAGCGCUACCUGUGCAAAAUGAACGAGGAGAUCAAAGCCGUCCUGCAGCCGACCGAGAGCAGUUCUGUUGCUCACAGGAGAAUGAUGACCUCUGAGCUUCCCUCAAAUGAGCGGGCGACCAGCCCCAUCCACCCCUUCAAAGACCACGUGUCAGUGCUCAAGGCCUACUUUGCCAUGAACACUGAGCCCAACUCAGAGGAACUGCUCAAAAUUUCAAUAGCUGUUGGUCUUCCUCAAGAGUUUGUAAAGGAGUGGUUUGGCCAGUGGAAGAGUCAAAACCACCACCGAGACAGUCUGACAAAAAAGUCUCCCCCUCAUGAUUGCAGUGGAUCAGACAACAAGCACAGCUUGAGCCAGUCACCAAUGUCACUUCCUGUCUUAGAUUUACAUGGAGGCUUUGCAAACGGGAGUACCAACCACAAACUCACAAAAGGAAACCAAUUUACAGCCAACAGGCAAACAGCAGGUGACAAACCAUUAGACCCCUUGGACCACUUGAGAAGCAACACUCCAUCACCUCUCAACCUUUCCUCUACUUCCUCCAAAAACUCUCAGAGUAGCUCGUACACUCCAAACAGCCUAGCUUCAGAGGAUGCCCACGGGGAUAUACCACUAGACCUGUCGCUGCCCAAACACAUGGCGCAGAGGCUUUUCACUGUCGGAGAGAAGCGACCUAGACAGAACGGUUUCAUCAGCGGGCACAGCGGACAUGUGCAAGUACGAGAACAAGGGUCCAAUUCUUUAGACCUGGUCAACAUCAAGAAGGAAGUCCUGGGCUCUGAAAGUGGAGGGACCUCUCUCCACCAGCUGGAGAAAAGCACCAGUCCAAUCUUUGGGAUUAAUCCCUUCGCAGGCACUCCUCUCUACACCUCCCUGCCACAACAUGGAGCUUUUCCUCCACCCACCUUUAUGUCUUCUGCCCAGGCCACCAUCCCAGGCCUCAGACCCUACCCUGCCCUUGACCCCAUGAGCUUCCUGCCCCACAUGGCCUAUACGUAUGCCACUGGGGCAGCCACGUUUGCUGAAAUGCAGCAGAGGAGAAAGUAUCAACGGAAACCAUGUUUUCAGGCGGAGCUGCUGGACGGGACAGUGGAAUAUCUGUCGGGUCUGGACGACCUGACAGACAGCGAUUCGCUGCUGUGCAGGAAGAAGAUUAAGAAGACUGAAAGUGGUAUGUACGCGUGUGACUUGUGCGACAAAACAUUCCAGAAGACCAGUUCCCUCCUAAGACACAAAUAUGAGCACACAGGAAAACGCCCUCACCAGUGUCAGAUCUGUAAGAAAGCCUUCAAACACAAGCACCAUCUCAUCGAACACUCACGCCUGCACUCCGGAGAGAAGCCCUACCAGUGCGACAAGUGCGGUAAACGCUUCUCACAUUCAGGCUCGUACUCGCAGCACAUGAACCAUCGCUACUCGUAUUGCAAGAGGGAGGCAGAGGAGCGUGAGGCGGCAGAGAGGGAGGCGCGGGACAAGGGCGGAGCAGGAGGCAUGGUGGUGGGAGGUGUAGAGACCACGGAGCUACUGAUGAGGAGGGCCUACCUGCAGGGACUGGGGACACUUGGAUAUUCAGACCUUGAAGACCAGCAGGAAGACGGCGGCGGCGAUUUGACCCUGAGGAAUGGACGGGGAGGAGGGGAGCAGAGGGAAGUGGACAGGAAGACGUACGAGGAGGUGAUAGACAGACAGGAAGCAAGCUUCAGGGAAGGAGAAGAGGAGGAGGAUGGCAACAGCAGGAGCCAGAUGGACUCUACGAGGGACGAGGAUUGUAAAGAUGCAAUGCAGCUGAUGGACGAGAGUUCACGAGAUGGGAAGACAGACAGGCAGACAGAGCAGAACGACUGAUCGAGGAAAAAAAAGCUUUGGAACAUUUGUGUUGACGUGAUUCCUGACAGAGGCUGUGCAGACAUUAUCAGAUGGUUCUAUUAAAUAUUCAGCAUAAAUAUGAUUUGUUCAUACGAAGGUUUUUUAGACUGUUCAUGUUCCUGAAUGUGAAGAAAUACAUUUAAAUAUGGAUCCAACUCUAAAACUAAAAAUCAUCUAUUUUAAUCUGAUCAAUGUCUCGACUCUGGAUCACGUCUGUUUGUGAAAGAGAAAACUAAGUAAAAGACAAACCUACAACACAAAUACGUGAAAACACACGUCAUCAUCAAUCAAUAAUCAAUAUAUAUGAAUAGCCUCUAACAGAUAAUCUGAGGGAGAAAAACAACAUGUGAGGAGCUGAAUGAAAGAGUCAGUGAAACUGUUUCCUCCUCAUGAAUAAAGACAAUGCUCUUUAUUAUAUAUUUAUGGGGGGGCUGAAUAAUCUCUGGACAGUCUCUGAUGAAGAUACGACAAGAAGAGCACGACGUGCACUGACGUGCAUGCUGUGUUUAAAAAUCCACAUUAUGCAAAAAAUAGAUAAAGAAGUGAUGAUGUUUGUUUUAAUGAUGUAAAAAAAAAGCUGCGUGGUGCUAACAUGUUCUUCACUUCCUGUGUCUGAAAAACCCACAUCUGGAAAUAAACUGCACUCGACUUCCUGGAUCACUACAAAAAAAAGAAGUGAAAAAGAGUCAUGGAGUCACAUCCUGUCAGUGUUAUCGUUGUAUUUCUGUCUUUUUAUUUGCUGUGAUGCUUUUUUUAUCCUCUUUUAUUAUUUUUCACAACUAACUUCUGGAGUUUUUCUAUAUGUGAAGGAACAUUUAAAUCUGAGCGAUUUUAAAAAUAAGAUGUUGAUGUGAGUCUUAAAGAUGGAGAAAAAGCCUUAUAUGCAAACCUGUCCACUGUUUCUGCAAAGUGCCAUCCCCGUACAGUGUGAACGUCCUGCUGGCUUCAGUCUUCAUGAAUCUUCAUCCUGGUUCUGAUCCGUCACUAUUAGAGACGUAGAUAGAACUUGGUUAGUUAACAUAUUUGUGCAAUUCCCUGUAUUUUCCCCUGGUUUUGUUCCACAACAGUAUUUUUGUCAGUAUUAUAUUUUUGUUUUUGUUGAAUCUUUCGACACAAAUGUAUUUUUUGUUUUAAUGCGAGAAUCUAAAGAAUUCUUCGUAUGUCCAUCUGAGGGAUGAGUAGGAAAGGGAAGAGAUCCACACCAGUGAUUUAUUCUGCUGCGACGGUCCAGACCUUCAUCAGGCAGGUUGGUUGAAGCUGGACAGUGGGCAGGAGCUCUUUUGCAGUUUUUUAUUUGAGAAUUUACCAUUUUAUUUAUGUGACUCAUUUUAUAUUUCCUCAUUUUAUUUAUUUCAUACUGUAGUGUACAGUAUUUCAGUUCCUCAAAAAUAGAUAUAUUUUAGUAAAAUGUUUCUGUCACUGACUAUUGGAACAAAAAUAUGAUUACAGACCCUUUAUCCUAUUUGGAACAUGUCUUUUGAAAAUGUUUUGUUUUGUUUUCUUACCACUGGAAAUCCUAAAUUCGAGGAACUUUUGAUACGAUUAUUGUUAAAACACUGUAUUUGUAAAAGUUAAACCACUUCAUCCCACUGAAGAGGGGACAAACGACUGAUGAUGAUGAUGAUGAUGAUGAUGAUGAUGAUGAAGGAAGUUCUGAAAUGUAUGAAAUGUCUGAAGUAUUAUUAUUGAAAUUUUAAUGUUUCUUGGAAAUGAACAAGAAUAAAU